AAGAAGACGAGAGGAACGACGUCACUUCCGUAAACACCGAUUUGUUAAACUCCUGUCCCGCGUGUUCUUUUAAUAUCAAAUUUACUUUUACAUGUUUGCUGAAUAUGUACGAUGUCCCAUCCUGAAUUGUCGUCAGCGAACUUCAACACAACCAAAAAGCCUGGUGGGGAUGAAAAUACCAAAAACUCUGGGAAUAAUUCUAUUGAGGAAAGGCUUAAGCGUCUGAGUAAUAAUGAGCACAGCUCCCCGGACAUAUGUGUGAGAGACCGAGUGUUGAAGGAGGUAGGAACCACCAGCACCGCCUUCAUUGGUCCAGCAUUUCCUCCAAUAAAGCCAAUAAAGCCAAAAAAGCCAAAAAAGCCCAAAGCCAAGUCUGACAUCGAAGACACAUUGAGUGAGUUUUACAAAGAGCUUGAGAAGAUUGAUACACCCGAUGAGUCUAAUCAUAGCCUCGGGAAACAAAAUGAGCAACUAGUCAUCCCCUCCAAAACUCCUGCCAGGACAGAGUCUGGAGAGGCACCAGGGGGCAGAAAUCUCCCCACAAGGAGCUGUGUAGAAACAGACGGCUACCAUAACAAAAGUGGAAAUGCUCAGAGCUCCUGGUCUCACCGGUAUCGAAGUGAACCAUACCCCCUGAAAAGACCAGAUGAGAAGGGUAGCAGUUCUAUUUCUGACCAAAACCAGUGGCAUUAUCCUCACCCUUUAAAGAGACCAGAACCCCCUGAAUUUCACAGACCACAUUCACUUCACCAGCCACAUCAUUCUGAAUUCGCAAAUCCACAAAAUGUGCCAACAAAUGUCAGUCUGACCUUUAAGAGUUCAGAAACAACAGACCGUUAUCAAAAUGUUUUACCUUUGUCCAGUUUCUCUCCCCCAAAUGUGUGCACCGGCCCCUCUCAGGGCUUUUACACAAAUUCACAGCGUCCCUUUGGUAGGGACGACCAAGUUUGCAGCCGUGACGAAUACUCGGAUAAUGCAGCUGGUGGGUGGUGUAAAGAUAGAGAUGAAGGGUAUUGGUUUGAUGAAGAUUAUGACAGGCCUCAGAGAAUCGUGCCAGAAAGUGAGCAAUGGGAGCGAGCGCAUCACUACGAACCCCCCAGUAAUACUCAGCAUUCGGCCUCGGUGCUGAUCUUGAUGAGGGGAUUACCAGGCUCUGGGAAAACAACACUGGCCAGGGAGCUGCUGUCCACUGGUCCUAGUGGAGUAAUUUUGAGCACAGAUGAUUACUUUGCCAACAGAGAUGGCUAUCGGUACGACCCAGGCCUUCUCGGCUCAGCACAUGAAUGGAACCAGAGCAGAGCUGAAGAUGCCCUGCAUGAUGGCCGGUCUCCAGUUAUAAUUGAUAACACAAACCUCCAAGCCUGGGAGAUGAAGCCAUACGUCAGAAUGGCCUUGAAGAGAGGAUACAAAGUGGACUUCUGCGAACCUGACACCAGUUGGAAAUUUGAUCCUUUUGAGCUAGAGAAGCGGAACAAACACAGCGUUCCCCAUGAGAAGAUUGCGCAGAUGAGGGAUCGCUUUUCAUUUCCCAUAUCCAUAGAUAUCGUCAUGAGUUCAGAAGAACCGCCUCAUGUGAUGCAGAGACAUUGUCCAGAGCAGCAGAUGAUGCGAAAAAGAGACUACCUUUAGUCACUUCAGGGAUUCACCAGCGAAAUAGUUUUUACUCAAAGUCCAACGCAUUUGUGCUGGUGUAAAUAUUUUCAGGAGCUGUUUAUACACACUCUUAAUUUAUUUCCAUGUAAAUUGUAAAUUCGUAUAAAAGAGGAGAAACAUAUUUUUCUUUAUGAUUAAUUGGAAUGUGUUUUCUACUUAAUAAUUCUAGUGAAUUUUGUAUUCAGUAGCCGAUAUUUGACACCUAAUUUUUCAGUUCGUUUGUUCUGUGAAAUAUGCAACAAGUUGGAAAAUGAAAAUGAUUCUCUCGUUUCCCUUCAAGGCUUUUCCUGAUUAAAACCAAUUACAUGCUGGCUGGUGACAUUGUUUGGUUUAUUCUUCCUAGAGAAUUUCCAGAUUUGUUUUAAAAUUCAUUCAUCUUGUUUUUCUUUUUACAGCAUAAAAGUUGUUUACUGUUUAUGUCUUCAAGGAACACUUAAACUAACUUUUCCACUCUUCUCAGGAAUUGUAAAAAUAUCUUUGUUGAACAUUUGAAUAAUUCUCCUUUUGUACUUCAGAAGUUCACCACUCAGGAGUACGUCAUAUUCAAACGGGUUAUUAAAAAAGGGUAUUUUUCUCAUAUCUUCUGUUUAAAUCAAUAGUGUGUGUUUUAUGUUUUAUAUGCUGAGUAAUUUCUUUUAAUAAAAUAUUU